UAAACUUUCAAAAAAAAAAAAGUGCUUCUCUUUCGCCUGUCAACUUUUUUUUGUACUUGUCAAACGCCAAACAAAAGCAACGCCGCGGCCGCCGCCACCACCACCACCACCACCAACUCUAAUGUCUAUCAUGCGGUCGAGGAGUCGCUUAUCCUCCUCAUCAUCCCAGGCACCGCCUCCAUCCCCGAUCCCCACCGGCAAAGGCUCCCGCUGUGCCGCAGAUUCGAUCUUCUCCAAUUACCUCAACCGAUCUCUCAAAAUCCCCCAACUCUCCCUCCCCGACUACGUUCAUCGUUCCGUUCCCGCCCACAUCGAUCUCCACUCCCUCUUAUCCAGAGACGCUGGUUCGGUCAAUCGCCUUUUGCGAUCCGCUGCGGAUUUCGGUGUGUUUCGGAUCAGUGGGCAUGGAAUUCGGGUAGACGAAUUGCGAUCGGCGUUGGCGGAAGCCGACUUGAUUUUCCGAAUUUCCGACCAUGGAAGGAGUGGAUAUUGCCGGCAUUACGGCGGCUGUGAAGAGUUUGUGUGGCGGCGUUUCGAGAAGACGGUGACGGAACAAGCCCGAAAUGAAAUCGGAGCCGAAAAGUAUCGGAGUCUCGGCCAAAAGAUCAAGAAUGUUACAAAUAAACUUGAAGCCAUUGCAGUAGAAUUGGCUCAGGUCAUAUCAGAGACUGCAAAUAAGCAUCUGAUCCACAAGGGAAUUCAACCAAGAGAAUCAAGUCUCAGCUUAUAUAGAUACGACCAGGUUGGUUCCAUGGGCAACUUUCCACCUCUGUUUAACGAGAAAAACCAUGAAACGUAUUAUGAACAUGCUCUGAGCCUUCAUCUUCUACUGGAACAAUGUGUAUUUCAUGUCCAAUUGGAGCGCGGAUCUUUGUCAUUCAAUGCAAGCCCAGACUCAAUUGUUGUUACAGUUGGAAAACAAUUGGAGGAAUGGAGCCUUGGAGAAUUCAAACCUACAAGUGGGGAGCUGACCUUUGACCCGAAGGAUUCUAGUGCUGGAUCACCUUUCUCCAUCGAGCUCAAAUGUUCCCCUUCAAAUUUCAAUCAUGGUCUUGCCAAGAUUAGUAAGACAAUCUCGCUAGCUGAUCAAAUCUUAUUUAUUAUCGUCAUUGCACUGCUAUACAAAUUUUUAGUAUUUAUAUUUUAUUGAUUUACAAGAACAUAUGUGCAUGCGUUUGGGAUGUCGUACAUUGUGUCAGUGUGCUUCAACAUGGUGGUGCUGAAUGAGGGUUCAAGAUUCAUUGGUUAUUUAUAUUUUCUUUUUUAGAUCAUUUGUUGUACAGUAGUUGCAUUGUUGUUUGAACUUUGAAUUAGUGUGAGAUUGAAAAAUGGUUGGUUACAAAUAAAAUUAAUUGUUUGAGUU